CGUUUGUCACGUGAUAUUAGUUCGCUAAGUCUCACGACAGAUGGCGUUGAACCACUUCCUUCCAUCCCUCCUUCCUCAAGAGGGGAGUUUGGUGGGUUUCUUUUGGCUUACGGGAGAACGGAGUUUUUUGACGAUCGCAGACGUAUUUCAGCAUAUUUCAGCGCAACGUUGCGCGUGUGUGUGUGCAUGCAUGUAUUACCACGAUUCCGGUCGGAGCAUUGUAUGAGAGCGUAAGAAUGACAAGCCGUCCAUAUCAAGAACGCGCGUGAGCGGGUAAUUGCACAGAAUCGCCCAUCGAACAUAUGAUUGUACGGAGGACGCGCGUUGAAGUAAAUGUCAAGCUCAGGAAUGAAUAGCGAUUGCGUUUUUCGCAUCGUUUCGACUUUGCUCCGAGCGCUCGUGUGAUUUGUAAAAAAUGACGAAGCGCGCCUCGCUCGUGUGUCAGCAGUGAGGCUUCGCGAGCAGUGAUUUAUCACAAGUGACAAUCCCUGAGGAACGUGGCACGGCUUCGGCGGACAAACAUGAGUUCCGUUUGGAAACGUCUUCAGCGGGUGAAUAAGAGGGCCGCCAAGUUCCAGUUCACCGUUUCAUACCACGAAGUCACGUUAGAGACGACGACGAAAUGGAAACCAAACAAGCUAAGUGUUGUUUGGACAAGACGUAGCAGGAGAGUUAGUUCGGAACCCUUAGACUGGGAACCAAUUUUGAGCGAUCCGUUGAAAGGUGUUAUUAGCUGGGCAGUUCCUGACAAUCAUACAGUUUCCGUGACGUUAUUUAAAGAUCCAAGAACACACGAACUAGAAGAUAAAGAUUGGUCAUUUGUCAUUGAAGAUGUGUCGUCGACGGGAAAAAGGCGUCAUGUGGCCACCACGAAUAUAAAUAUGAAAAAAUACGCAACCCUGGAAUCUAGUCAGCAACAGCUCAAAUUAGACUUAAAGCCGACUUCUAAAAAGAUCGUUAGCGCUACACUCGAAUGUACUUUAUCAUGUGUGUUUCUGCGAGAGGGCAAGGCAACGGACGAAGAUAUGCAAAGUAUGGCUAGUUUAAUGUCGGUUAAUAAUAAUAGCGAUAUUGCGCCCUUAGAUGAUUUUGAUAACGAAGACAUACCGGAAGAUGUCGAAGAAGUAUCGGUCAAAAAUUUGGAUGAGAUUCUAGAUAUCUCAGCUCAACUCGAUUUAAUGACGAGUAGUCUCACCGAAAGUGAACUACCUAGCACUCCUAUAAGCGUGGCGAGCUUAUCAAAGGACGACACAACUCCUGUGAACGACGGAGAACAUUUUAUACGCGAUAUUAGUCUAACAAAAAUUGGGGAAUCUUUAAAAGAAAAGUCACCUAUAAAAGACAGUGUUGCUGUUGAAAAUGACAAAAACAUCGAGCACAGCGUACUGAGAUUGCCGUUGCAGCCAUUAGAUCUUAAGAAAAAUGACGCAAACGUUCCGAGAUUGAAGGAAAUUACUCCUGGUCAAGAUUUAUUAGAAUGGUGCAAAGAAGUCACUAAGGAUUAUCCUGGUGUCAAAGUCACCAAUCUGACGACGUCUUGGCGAAACGGAAUGGCAUUCUGCGCGAUUAUUCAUCAUUUCAGACCCGAUUUGAUAGACAUCGAUUCCUUAUUAUCGCACGACGUAAAAGGCAACUGUAAGAAAGCAUUUGACGCGGGCGAAGCUCUAGGCAUACCCAGAGUUAUAGAACCAGCAGAUAUGGAUAUAUUAACUGUACCUGAUAAACUAGCUGUGAUGACGUAUUUGUAUCAAUUGAGAGCGCAUUUUACCGGCCACGAACUGGAGGUACACCAAAUAGGAAAAACAACGGACGAAUCCUCUUACAUGAUCGGUAGGUUUAACACAGACAACAAUACAGACGUGAGUGUCCAGCUGUUUGGCCAAGAAAUCAUUAACUUACGAAAGAAGGAACAGAUUGAUCAGAAGAACAAUAAAGCGGACAAUCGACGGUCAAAUCCGUUCGACAAUAAGAAGGACGAUAUCUGUAUCGACUCUUUAAAGAACAAGCUGCACUUGAGUCUGAACACGCAGGACACACAGGAUCACGAUCAGUGCAACAAGGACAAAUCGCCGUCCAGCGUGAAGGAUGUCAAGGACAUUAUAUUGGCCAGUUCGAAGAGCAUUCUGGGCAAGGUGUUGUCGCCGACCAAGGAGAAGUACUCGUCGAGAGAGAAAAGCAAGUCGCCGCCGAGAGUGCAACAAGCGCAGCAACGUCCGAUACUUAUGACACGCCGGCAAUUAACCGAUCCGUUCGGCUCCGACGACGAGGAGGAGAACAUACAGAUAAUCGACGACAAAUGGUCGCAAUCGAUCUCGAUUACCAAAUCGCAAAGUCCGGUCCGUGAUGAUUCGGUAAACUCCGACGAUAGAGGAAGUCGAGGUAGUUCCGAGUGUCAAGCUGCAUCGCCGCCGUACGGAGACCAACGUUCGCAACAUCCAUUAGUUAGCCGACAUGAUGAGUUGCGAGAGCGUGCGAGAUUACUUCUAGAACAAGCCAGAAACCAGACGAAACCAGCCGGGUUUGUUUCCGCUGCGAUCAGUCCCGUCGAGAUACAGAACGAUGACGAGAGACAGCAGCAAUUGCGGGAAAGAGCGAGACGCUUGAUAGCGGAAGUGAAAAUGGGCGUCACUGUGACUCCGAGUCAACUGAACGACGACAAUAGCAGUGAUCGACGAUCGAUAGACGAUCAGAAUAAUAGUCCUAGACGUAGCAUCACGCCGUCAACGCCCGGUGAUAGACUCAGUAUUAAGUCUGAGUACAAUGGAAAUAUACUGGGAAACACAAGUGUGAUAGAUGGAGAGAAGAAAGCCGGUUCGCCUUUGUAUUCCUUUUCCAAAAUCAUAGAAAGAAUUUCGCCCGACAAAGGAAGUCCUGACAGAACUCCGUACACACUUCGCGGGUUGGGCAAAGACAUGACAUCGUAUAUACAAAACGAGCUCGAGGCGCUCGAACGAGAGCAAAAUCAGAUUGACAUACAGGCUGGCAAGCUUGAGAAGCAAUUGAGAGCAGCAAUGGAAAGCGAUAACGAGGAUGAAACGGAAAGACUGAUGUCUUUGUGGUUCACUCUUGUUAACAAGAAGAAUGCGCUCUUGAGAAGGCAAAUGCAACUAAACAUACUGGAAAAGGAAGAUGAUUUAGAGCGACGAUUCGAACUUCUGAAUCGCGAAUUAAGAAGCAUCCUCGCAGUGGAAGAGUGGCGGAAGACAUCCGAGCAAAAAAUGCGUGAAAAUUUAUUGUUGGAAGAAUUAGUGUCGAUCGUGAACAAAAGAGACGAAUUGGUGCAUCAUUUAGAUACGCAAGAGAGAGCCAUCGAGGAUGAUGACGAGAUAGAACGCGACUUAUCGCGCGCUGGAUUAGCUCAACGAAACAAAAAUUGUGUUGUGCAGUGAAGAGUUAUUAUCUAUUAUAUAUUUUCGACACUAUUUUGAAGGCAUGACCCAUUUUGCUGUGCUUGCCAAAGAGUCGAUGAAAUUAGACAUUGAAGAGUUAAGUAUAAUGUUUCAUGGUUUGCAAACUGAUCACUUUAGGGACUCAUUUUCUACUACACAUCAUAGAUUAAUUCAUUGAAGUAAAUUAAUAUUAAAUUCGUCGACCAACAAUUCGCGACAAAGGAAUUGAGGAAGGUCGAGAAAUCUCGAAGCAUCAACAAACAUUAAUCAAUGAUGUGCAUGAUUUUUUGUAUAUUAUCGAGCACGAAGCCGAUUAUUUCAUAUAGCAAACAUUUUGAUGUAUGCUUUAAGUGGAGUGUUGCGCGUCAAUACAAAUAGAUACGCGCUACGAGAUGACGAAUAAUGCAGAACACUUUAUAAUUAUAGUAGUAGAGAAAGAAAGACAUAAUUAAUUUUUUUUUAAAUGAACAAUAAAGCGUUAAGCGAAAAAGUAACGCAGAUGCGGGAGAAAGCUUAGAAAGUGUGGAGAUUAAUGAUAAGGCUAAGUUUUGACGAGAUUCGGGAUCUCUUUAUGAUAUUUAUAUUAAAGGAUUCUGUUUAUACAAGUUAAUUAAUAGCUUUUAUAUUUAAAAAUAUGAAAGAUGUAAUUAGUUGAUUGCAUGCCGCAAUUAGUUAAUCAGUUGACUGCAAUUGUGAAUUUUGAACGUUUAAUUUACGUAAAAAUUUUUACUUUGUGGCUGGAUUGCUAAAAUAUUUAAUAUCGAAAACCAAAGAAUGACAAAUAAUGAUUCAUACAUUCACUAAUGAGGAACGGCAGAUUUGAUCGAUUCCAUUAUCGAUCGUAUCAUUUCUCUCUUGAGUUUCUCUUCGUAUUUUUAAUAACAAGUGUGAGUGCUAUUCUAUCGCUAUCUAAGUGAAAUUAAAGUGGGCUACUGUGCAAGAACACGCGAGAGAUGCGUAAAAAGCAAUUUAGGAAAUAUAUCUCGCAACAUUACCGUUCGAAAUCGACUCGCGGCGAAUAGAUUAUCCCAAUUAUUACGAAAGGUAGAUCACGUCGGCGUUACGAAUAGUUUUCGGACUCGCAAUAGUCGUUUCCCAUCCAGCAUUCAUAUAUACUCUAUUUGUGCCAUAUGAACGUUGACAUACUUUUUCCAUUCUACUUAACGAGCUCAUUCGUUAUAAUGCAGGAAAAAAAUGCAUGAAAGGUAAAUCCGACGAUUUCGCUGGUGGGCGUGCAGUUUUAAGGAACCGAAUAAUCGCUAAGACUAAUUCUUAUGUGCUAUACUUGAAUUAUACGAUUCUCAUGGUCGCGGCAAGUGCGACCGAGAACUAUCUCAAUUCCGAAUGAUAAAUGAUUUAGCAAUAAUUUAUUAUUCUAGUGCCUAUAAAUCUACGUUUAUAAAACUGUAGUAUAAAUUGACUCUUUUAAUUUAAUUUAUUGUGUAUCAUGAAGAAUAUUUAGUGUAAAAAUAAUCAUUCUUGCCAACGCUGUAGUCUUGUGGAGAUGCGCUGUUCUAUUUUUCUUUGCUGAUCGAUGUAUGAGUGCGAGUGAGUAUAAAAAAAAACAUGUCACGCAAUAUUCGCCAUUAAUAAGGGAAGACUUAUAAAGCACCGCAGGAGGAAAUAAAUAUGAUGUUGAUAAUAUCA